UUCUUCAUCUUGUUCGACUUUUUUCUCACUCAAAACUCGUAAGCUUCUUCUAUUUUCCUUGUAGACAGACCAUUGAUUGUAGUCGUACUAGUUCUAUUGUAGAAACUUUACCCCAGCUUAGUCUAGAUCUAGUUGAAACCCUAAUUUUGAGGAAGAUGUGUAGUUUGAUGUUGUUCUAGUAAAAACCUGGAGUCCUCUGUAAGGAUUUGAAGGAAAUCUUCGCAUUUGUGGAAAGUUAGGGUUUUUAAGGUGUGUGUGUGUGAAAACAAUGGAAGCACUUGUUGUUGAUGCUGGCUCUAAGCUUCUCAAAGCCGGAGCAGCGAUUCCUGACCAAGCUCCUGCAAUGAUAAUUCCAUCUCAAAUGAAACGAAUGGUUGAGGAUGGGUCUUCUUCAGCUGAUAACCCCACCACUGUCUUUGAAGAUGUCACUCUUGAUCCUAUUGAAAGGGGUUUAGUUAGAGAUUGGGAUGCUAUGGAGGAUCUCUUGCGUUAUGUUGUCUACACUGGUCUUGGUUGGGAAGAGGGAAACGAAGGCAAUAUACUCUUCACAGAUCCACUAUGUACUCCUAAGGCUAUUAGGGAACAACUGGUACAGUUGAUGUUUGAAACAUUCAAUGUCUCUGGUUUUUAUGCAUCAGAGCAAGCAGUGCUGUCCCUUUAUGCUGUUGGACGCAUCUCCGGUUGCACUGUUGAUAUUGGUCAUGGGAAGAUAGAUAUUGCCCCAGUUCUUGAAGGUGCUGUACAACACAUUGCCUCGAAACGGUUUGAGCUAGGUGGAACCGAACUAACGAAAUUAUUUGCCCAAGAGCUUGGAAAAUCCAACCCGACAAUGACUCUCAACAUGCCUGACAUUGAAAAACUGAAGGAGCAGUAUGCAAACUGUGUCGAGGACGAAAUUGCUUAUGCGAAAACUCAAAGCUGUGAAAUCGAGCAGCAUACUCUUCCUGAUGGACAGGUGAUAAGCAUUGGGCGAGAGAGAUACUCUGUUGGUGAAGCUCUGUUUCAGCCGUCUAUAUUGGGACUGGAGGAGCACGGAAUCGUUGAGCAGCUUGUCCGCAUUAUCUCCACAGUUUCAUCUGAGAACCAUAGGCAGCUCUUGGAGAAUACUGUACUCUGUGGUGGUACAACCUCCAUGACAGGAUUCGAAAGUAGAUUUCAGAAAGAAGUAAACUUGUGCUCGUCGGCUAUUAGACCAACACUGGUGAAACCGCCGGAAUAUAUGCCGGAGAAUUUGGGGAUGUAUUCGGCCUGGGUUGGAGGAGCCAUACUAGCUAAAGUGGUGUUUCCGCAGAAUCAGCAUGUUACUAAAGCCGAUUAUGAUGAGACUGGACCAUCGGUGGUUCACCGGAAAUGUUUCUAGAAAGCAAAGACCACACAACUUUGGUAGUUGUUGUAGCUGAGGAUUCUUUAUUUUACCUUUGCUGUGUUUUAAGGAUUUGGACCAAAUUAAGUAGUAAAACACUUUCAAGUACAAUAUAAUUUGAUUAGAUCGGUUUAUAUGUCUCUUUGUUAAAAAAAUAACGUUUGUCCUUAUGGUUCAUUA